GAAGCUUGCAUUUUCAGUCACCAUUGAAUUUAGAGGUUUGGUAAAGUAAUGAUUAAUUCCCCCAUUUUUUAGUUUCCUAUAGUAGCAUUUCUAUUCUUUAAAUAAUUUUCGAUGAAUUUCUUGAGAAUCCCUUCAGCAUUUCACGGCGUUCGUUGCCAAAGUCCACAUUCGUUUUUUUUGCAAUGUUGCAAGAGCAUACCUAGCAGAAUAGAGAGGAAUCGUUUCAGAUGCUAUCAUACGGUUCCUGAGAUCCCUGAGAGAAAACUAAACCCACUAUUUAGCGAUCGUGGAGUGAAGGUCGCUUGGGAUGAGCAUCAGGGACUUGUCGUAAAGAGUUUGAAUGAUCGAGUGAAAGGAACCGAGCUUGAGGAUCAUUCUAUUUUUAACAUUAUCUUUCAAACGGCUGUACUUCCAGAACAUGCAGCUACGUUCCAGUUUGCAAGUCAAGCAUACAACAAUCAUUUCUUUUUUGAGUCCUUAAUAGGAGCUGAAAAGGCUAAAGAAGACUCAAAGACCCAAUUUGAAAGUAAUCCUGUUAUUCAACAAGUGGUACUUGAAAAUUUUGAGUCAAAAGAGGACUUGCUGUCAAAAAUAAAGCAACUUGCUUCCAAUACAUUCGGUGCCGCAUGGAUUUGGGUGGUUUUAGAUGACUAUAACAGACUACAGGUGAUUCGAACAUUUCAAGCAGGAACUCCUUUUCUGUGGACAAGAUGGCAAUCCAAUGAUCCACAUCUCGUUCCUUCUGUUCCUGAUCACAGUACUAGACCGCGCAAUUAUUCCCAUGUUCCACUUUUAAAUCUGUGUCUUUGGGAUCAUGCUUACUUUACAGACUUUGGUCUCUUUCAACGCGAGCAGUACAUUGAUACAUGGUUUCAAAGUAUCAACUGGUCUUUGAUUGAAGAUCGACUUAAGCAAUCAUUAGUAUAAAAAGUCACUCGUACAUAAAAUGAAAAGCAAAUCCUAAAUUCUAAUCGAAAAGCUACAUUUCACUUUGCUGAAUUAGUACCAUAAAAUACUUUUAUUUAGCCACCGAUAAAAGCCUUA